AUGAACUUCAUAAAGAAAAUUGUAAAGGGGAAGAAAGAUCCUGUUACAGAGAUCUCUGGAUGUGGUUUUGAAAUCUCUGAAUGUCUGAGUGAAUGCGAAUCUUGUACUUCUUCUUAUCCCAGUUCAAUCGCCAAGCUUGAGAAAACAGACGAUAAUGGAACAUCGCUUUGGAAAACCACUGCGAACUACGGACUUCAUCUAAUCAUUCCUACUGGGAAGUCAGAUUGGCAACACGAUGCUGUUCCUAACUCCGGGGCUUAUGCUAAAGCUGUUGGAAAUUGGGCAGACGAACAUGGUUCAAAAGUGGUUGGGUCUACAGUUAAAGUAUCUGCUUCUCUGUUACUAAGUUCUGGUUUGGAGAGAGAUCAUGAGUAUAUAGAGGGUAGUAAGGGGGAUGUGCUUAUUUUGCCACUCUUUGUGUGGAUACGCGGAGCAACGGCUUCUGAAAUCCCUAAACUUUUAACCAAAGUUAUCCCCGACUUAACAACCCAAAGAGAUGCGGGUGCAACAAAAUUGAAGUCCAGUACAAUUACUGACUACCCCGGUGUAACCAUAGAAAUUGAUGUCUCCAAAGCAUAUAUAUUCUUAUGCUCUCAUAGAUCUAGAGAUAAGAGAUGUGGGAUCACAGCUCCUAUAAUGAAGAAGGAAUUAGAAUUUAGAUUGCGAGAAUUACUGCUCUACCGUGAUUCGGGUGAUACUACACCUGGAGGUGUUACAGUGGCUUUUGUGAAUCACAUAGGAGGCCACAAGUACGCAGCAAAUGCCUUGAUUUACUUGAAAGAUUCAGGGAAGAACAUAUGGUUGGCCAGAAUCAAGCCUAAUAAUGCCCAACCCAUUAUUGACGAAUGCAUAGUAAACAAUGGGAAGGUAUGGCCUAAUAAAGUAAGGUUGGUUCAACAGUUCAAUCCAGUUUCAUGGUAA